AUGAGAGUUGCAUUUAAAACAGGUGAUUACAAACAACAAGUCAUUUUUAUUGGUGGAUUAACUGAUGGAUUUUUGGCUACUGAAUACUUGGAACCUUUAGCAAUUGCUUUGGAUAAAGAGAAAUGGUCUCUAGUUCAGUUUCUGCUCUCAUCCUCCUACAGUGGAUAUGGCACAUCAAGCUUGAGAGAAUUUUAUGGCUAUAAAGGAUGUGAUGACACAUACAUUAGAAUGGAUAACUAUGAGCAAUAA